AUGUCUCGCCGUUACGAUUCUAGAACUACAAUCUUCUCGCCCGAAGGUCGCUUGUACCAGGUCGAGUAUGCGCUCGAAGCUAUAUCUCAUGCCGGAACUGCCAUCGGAAUUCUCGCCAAGGACGGCAUUGUCCUGGCCGCAGAGCGCAAGGUUACGUCGAAGCUAUUAGAGCAAGACACCUCUGCCGAAAAGCUUUACAUCUUGAACGAUAACAUGAUCUGUGCAGUAGCCGGCAUGACGGCAGAUGCCAACAUCCUCAUUAACUAUGCCCGACAAGCCGCACAACGCUAUCUCCUCACCUACAACGAAGACAUCCCGUGCGAACAGCUAGUGCGGAGACUAUGCGAUCUCAAGCAAGGUUACACUCAACACGGUGGCCUACGACCGUUCGGUGUAUCCUUCAUAUACGCAGGAUGGGACCCUCAGCGACAAUUCCAGCUCUACCUGAGCAACCCCUCAGGUAACUAUGGCGGGUGGAAAGCGACAAGCGCAGGUGCCAACAAUGCGAGUGCCUCGAGUUUAUUGAAGCAAGACUACAAGGAAGACUGCACAUUGAAAGAGGCAUGCGGCAUGGCAGUCAAGGUGCUAAGCAAGACGAUGGACUCAACUAAGCUGAGUAGCGAGAAGAUUGAAUUUGCGACUGUAGGACAAACCCCGGAUGGCAAGAUCUACCACCGACUUUGGAGUGCGGACGAGAUCACGGCGCUCCUAAAAGAGCAUGAUCUAGCAAAGGACGAGAGUGCGGAAGAUAAAUAG